AUGGAACGUUUGUCAAAGGCUUUAAAUGUUUUGCAAACAGCUAAGAAGUCAUCAUGGAUAGUUGCAUCCAGUAGGAAAUCUGGAGUUUGCGAAAAAGAACGUGCUGCUUUUUCGGAUAUUAAAAACAUGCUGAUUCAGCCGGAAGUCCGUGGAAAUAUUAAAUAUAAUGAUGAGUUCAAUCGAGCAAUUAAAGUCAUGUUUGAGUACAUGAGUCAUUGGAACAGUGAUAUUCGCAUGCUGAGCGAACAAACGAUUGACUCAGUAUUAAAACAUUUAGUUACCGAAAUGAAUUCAUCGCGAGUUGUUGUUGCCUUGAUGUCAGAGAUCAAACGGAAUGGUUCAUCUCGUUCACUUGUUUUUUCAAUAUCUCGAUUUCUUGACGCUUUAAAAUACGUAAAAAUCAAUCGUUCACGGGUUAUAGGAUUACAUUUAAUUUCUGCCCUUAUCAAAAUUUUGCCCCGUCCAGAAGAAGCUAUUCAGAGUGCAUUAGAAAAAUAUCUUCCGUCAAUUUUCACAUUUUUUGGUUCGGAUUUGGAGACUCAAAAAAGUGAUCUUAUUGUGAGUUUGUAUGAAGCAGCACUGGUUAAUUUAGAAUUGUCUGGAGUAGCGAAUCGAACAGCUGCUGUCGUCAUAAGUCAAUUGGCUACUUAUGUUGAACUUAUCCGCAGAAGAGCUUUUUCACAUUUUUGCAAAAUACUAGCUGGAGCUCAUGAGCAGGAGAAUAAAAACUUUCUAGUUGGAACGUUGAAUUCGCUGCGUCUUAUGUGGCCUAUUUGUGUACGUGGGAGCAAUAAAUAUGACACGAAACUUUUACAAAGUGUGAUUCGUGACUCGUUACGCUGUCUUUUCUCACCUCAUAAUGAAAUUGUUGUUGCUUCAUUGGAGUUUCUUGAAAAAAUACUCAUUUCUCCGCUUCAGUGUCUUAACGUAGAGUCAUUUUAUCCUCAAAAAUUACAUGAAAUGGAGUCAGUCGAAGAAGAAAAAUAUGUUGCAAUAAAUAGCUUACCCUCAUCGCAUGUGCCGAGCUGUAUGAGCUCAUUAAGAGCUAGUCCUGUUAAUUUUCUUUUUGGCAAUGAAUCAGAAUCGGAAUUAAAUUCGGGUGACGAUUGUGGUCACUCUUUGUCGAGUUUAGCUUCAACAGAAGAUAGUAUAGAUCCGAAACGCAAGGAACCACCACUUUUGGAGAAUGGUACGGAUGUUGUUGAUCCGUUGAGGCAUUUAGAACUCUCCAGUGGUCUCACCCGGUAUUCUACUUCAUCUGAAGAAUCUUUACAUGAAGCUGGUCCAUCUAAUUCUUCCACUACAAUUCCGAAACAUUUGCCUGAACAUUUGUCUUCUGGUCCAUUUCUAACAUAUACAGUAGUUCUUCUAACGAAACGAUUUUUAUUGAGUGGACAGCGCUUCAGAUUGCUCACCGAUCGUGAAGUUCGCGUGAGCCACAAACUUUUGGCAAUGUCAUGUGUGAGUAAUCUGGCGUUAUAUUUACCAGAAUUCACGAGCAUACCCCUUGGAACUGGAGGUGAUUUGGGCAUCCAGACACUAAAAGACCUUCAACUUUAUUUAAAUCAUGAGGAUGAUCAUUUGAAAGCUUCAGCAGUUUUUGUAUUUGUGAACGCGGAAAAUUGUCGAUUUAGAACUCUGGGAAAACAGUUUCACGAAUUACAUUGUCUAUUUACGUCACUUGUAUACGAUAUAAUCCAUCUCAAAAAUGCUCAUUGUAGUCGUGCUUUGCUGACAGCUCUAAAAUCUGCAAAACACCUUGUGUAUGAAACCGGUAUCAUUUGUGACAUUGCUAGAUUUGCUUGCUCAAAUUAUCGGGAUAAUUAUUUUCUGCUUCGGAUAGCUGUUGUAGAGUAUCUAGCAAGCAUCGAAUGGACAUAUGCUACUUCGCCUACUGUAUGCCUUCCGGAUGAAAUUUUCGAAAUAUAUAUGCAUCUGCUGGCUGAUGAUGAUGAGCGAGUGCAAAAAGCUGCGGCUGAACAUCUCCCAAUGUUAACAGAAAACGCUAAUUAUACUUCGGUACCUAAUACUUAUACAAUGAAGGAACUUAAUGAUUAUCUUUGUUCUGAUUUCCUUAGAAGGCCUAUGACUACCGGCAUGAGCGCUAAUUAUGAUUUCGUACAGCAGUCAAUUAAUUUUGCUGCUAUAGAGAAUCUUUCUUUCAUUAUUAAGAAGAUGUUUGAAAUUCUAACAAGGAAUGCUGACGAAAAAAAACAGGCAGGUAUGGCAGCUGGACUGUUUUAUUUGUUACGUUGGUACAAGUCUAGACGUUGUACACAAGCGUGGGGACUCAAACUUAAUAUUGAUAGUUUCGGGACUGGUUUAAUUAUUUCACUCAUUUCAAAAUGUGAUUGCUAUUCCACAUCAAUACCAACCUUCAUACAUUUACUGGAAAUUGCAACACAAAUGACUGCAAAUUUGUGCACUGCAAGUAUCUUGAAAAGUGUUGGCGAAAAUAAAGCGGUGCCAGAAUUCCCAAGGUCUCUCUGUGAACAACUUUUUUUAUUGCAGCUAAGGGUUAUGAAUCUAUAUUAUUCUUUGAUAGUAGAUAAUCGCCAGCAAGGCGCUCAUUUACGCUCACGAUUGUCACCACUUUCGCCUGUCCGGAAAGCAAUUCCUGGGAAUGUUGUAACGCCAUUUUGGGAGCAACGAAUUGCGGGGAUUUCAACGCUUUUUAGUAUGGGCAUCAAAAUGACCAGAAAUACCAGCUUUCUGCAGUCAUCUAGUCUCAGUCAUUUUGCUGAAUCACUCAGAGGCAGUUAUCUCAAUUACUUGAAUACAUUGGCUUCUGAUGCAUCAAAACGAUUUGUAAAACUUUUGAGUUCUGCGUUAAAUUGUUUGGCUUGUACACUGGAAGUAAUGCGUCUUUCAGAAGUUGUUGACAUUAUUAAAGAGAUUGUUUUGUACUGUCGAACUGUGGUCGAAAUUGUACCUGAAGAAAGCGUCCGAGUUGUUAUGCAGUUGUUUAAGAUAUUAUUUGGAAGCAAUGUUGCAAAUAUGUCACUCGAUGCGUUGGAAAGUUUGAAAUUUAACAAUAUCAAUUUGUCUAAAGAUUUCGCCGAAAUUUACAUAAUGAGAAGUGCAAAUUCUUUUACAGAAUUUGUUGUUAACAGUGGUCGCUUAGAAUUCAAUGAAAUACUUUUGAAAAGGUGUACUAUUUCGUGGCGUAAAGAUUUGUUUUACAAAGAUGGUAUACCUUCGAGUGCAGAAAUCACUGCCUAUGUUAUUAUGUUUGAGCCGUUUGUAUCACUAACAAUUCAGUUAUACCAGUCAACGAACUCAGUAGGCGUGCAAUGCUCGAUAUUGGAUCUCUUGUGUGUGCUUGUUCGAGGUGGAAUAAAUUAUUCCAUGCUUGAUCCUGAAACUCGAUUACUAAACUUUGUCAUCGAGCAAGUGAAUGAAAUUGGCGAACGAAAUCGAAUAGCUCUGGAUGAUGAUGAAAAAUGGUUCUACUCCGUUUUUGAUUAUUUGUUGGUGCUUUCUCGUACGGAUAGCCGAGGACAAGUAAUCAUGAGCUGGGAUAAAAUUUGUUCGCUUGUAGAUUUUUUAAUCAAGUCUUCUCGUGUGCGGUCAUGUUUAGCACCAUUUGCUUUAAUUUCGCUUCAAACAGUUCUGUUAGAUGUCGUUGGGAUUCGGUGUUCUUUCGACAUUACACUGCUGAAGAUGCUGCAAUCAGUUGACCAUUUAGCUGCAGUGAGUACGACCAAAAUUCUCCAGCUUUGGUCGUUGGCUAUUCUGGGCUCCCAUAUUAAUGGCGAUGCACAAAACUGGAGGAAGACAUCUUUGCUAUUUUUCGAAUGCUUGCAACAUUUAUCAACAAAAAAUUGGGACUUCGACGCAAGCUUUAAUGCUACCAUUAUGAUGCGAUUCUGUUGUACUACUAUCACGCGACCAAUUGACUUUUUUCUUAAAAAAAUGAUCAGUAUUCUAGAAAAUGAUCUGCAUUGUUUUGAUCGCCUCGUAGCCGUGCUUCCAUAUUUGUUUGUGUUCUUGUGUGUUUUAAAAGAAGAUUCAACUUUUACAAGGAUUGAACAGAUAUAUGAUAAUGCUGCAGUGGAAAUUGGACGUUUGUUGAUGGCAUUGCUCAAUGAGUGUCUUACAUCGCUCUGGCAACUUACUUGUUUGGAUUAUUUUGACGAAAAAAACAUUGAAAAUUUGAUGGUCUGGUUUCUUUUAAUCUUAUCUCACGCUCUCCGUUCAGGUAAUAUGGAGUGUAUUACAAGUACUUUUAGUACUCAUUUCAAAAUUAAUUUGUCUACUUUCCAAGAUCUAUCGAUUUUCUAUCCUCGUACUCAUGCUGUGCUACUUUCUUUUCUCAACGUCCUCGGUUUUCAUGACCAUUCAUUCUACUCUUCUUCAAGACAUUUAAGCGAUUUAUGCUUAUUGUCACGCUGUCGUGCAGCGGGUUUGGAUGCAGCUAGUGAUAUUGCACUUUUAUCUGAUUUCUGUUCUCCAGAGAUUUUGUUAACUGUCGUAAUACGUGGUUGGCUUAUAUUUCAUUUAAGGUCACAUUUACAUCCGUGCAAAUCUACCAUUUUCCAGCUUAUCAUUGAUUUGGAUAUUUUUGAACUUGUUGCGUCUACAGACAUUGCGGAAACGUCUGUUGCUCUGAAGUUUUUAAGUGAUAGUGUCGGUAAAUCUGCGGUUCUGGAUGAUUUGAUAGCAAUUUUCCUUCACUCCCAGCAGAGUAAGAAUGUCGCUUUGAAAUCUCUUUUGGUAGACAUGAUAAAAUCGGAACGGUUUUCUGUCGACUCUGUUUUUAAAAGCUUUGUCGAAACUUCGGAGUUGAUGAUUAAAGAUUAUAACUUUAAAUUUGGGGAUCCAGUGCUAUUUUCUUCUGAUGUUUUUGCGGACUUACUGCAAGAUGCUAUUGGCACAAAAAGUUUCAGUAUUCAAGCGGAAUCUGUAUGUACUAUGUUAUGCGCAAUUGAAGAAAGACAUGUGGAAAUGAUAUUACGAAAAGCGUACGAAUACGAGAGAUAUGAUGUUUUGGCUACUUUCAUUGACAUGGUCGACCAUUUGAAAGAUUAUGAACAUUGUUCAGAUGAUGUACAUGAAGAACACUCCUCGUCUCUGUCACAAAGAGUUAAUGCGAUUUCUGAUUCAUUUGUUUCACUUGCAUUUGACUCCUGCAUUGAUUCUCCUCUACAACUUUUUGUCCACAACAAAAUCGCGGAGAAACCAGAAAGUAUUAUUUGUGAAAAAGCAUCUAAUUGGGCUACCGAUAUAUCGUUGUUUGAUUACUGGAUGCAGCGAUAUGCAGAUUCUCUUAUGAUGCGAAGUGGAUCUGGAGCAUUAGAAGUCAUUUGUGCAGUCACUUUCGGGAUUAGUAGACACUCUUUUCUUGCAACAAUCAACCAAGCACAAAACUCGAAGAAAAUUGUAGAACAGCAACUGUCCUUGGCUAUAAACUCUAGCCGAUUAAUUCAGAAAGUUUUCGAGCAGUGUGAUGUCCUUACGUGUCAAAAGUUUCAAAAAUUAGAUAAUCGUUUUCGGAAUUUGAAAAUAAUAGACCGAACAGGCAAGAAAGAUUGUGAUAUAGGUUUUAUUGCUGAUGCCAUACAAUCUGCUUUUGAUGUGACACAACAAAUUCAACAGUAUUUUCGCAAGAAAUGCAAUAAAACGCAUUUGUACUCACAUUUAGAAAAUUUGGCUAAAGCUGUGAUAAGGAUGCCGUUCUUGAACGAUAUAUCAUGCAUACCGGUAUCUGCACUUUUAUGCGGUUGGAAGCCAGAACCAGAAAUUCAUUGUACAUCAGUUUCGAUACCUACAGUAAAUAUUCAUUACCUAGGAAAUGUAGAUAUUUUGCAAGAUUUUUUAUGGAGGAUUUUGUGGGCUGGAUGGAAUCGUCGGUCUAAUUUUGAUAAUUUUUCAAUGUCUUUAUUCGGUGUGAUUUCAUCAACGCCUUCUGGUUCAGAGCUCGCAAGUGCCAGUCUGAAUGUGGCAGAACAGCUCAUGGCUAGUACUAUUGCUAUUGAAGGCCUAACAAAUUUAUUACUUGAAACACUGUUGUAUCCAGAAAGGGGAAAUCCGGUCACUGGACGGUUUAUCGUAAAACCUCGUGAUACAUCACAAGAAUUUCUUUCAUCAUUAUAUGGACAGCGUUUGACUAUGCUGCAAGCGAAACUGUUGGGUGGUGCUGUCGUCGAUUCCAUCAACAGAAAAAAUCUAGAAAUUUUCAAUGAUCAAGGGAAAAGAUAUCGACCAGGACAGUUUUCAGUUCUUACUUCCUGGAAUAUGGCAGGCUUGUUAGAUCAUGAGCGCAGUUUGUAUAAAGAUGUGGUGCAAGGCAAAAGUCAGCUUAAAAAGCGAUUGCCUUCAUCAGACAGCAGCUAUUUACUGAACAGCAGUCAUGAUACUACUUAUGAAUCAUGUUUACGAAUGCUUUUCGAUACAUAUUCCCAUUGGUUUCGUGCUGGUAUUGAUGCUGUGCCUUUACCACUUCUCUCUGCAACCAUUAAAUCGAUGUCCUUACUCUCUGAUUUAUUCACGGAGAUGGAUCAGUACCGUUUCGUAUAUACGCAUAUGAAGACACUAUUUACAAUACGUUCAUAUCUAGAUAACGUAGAUGUUGGAAAUAUCGUUUAUUCAUUGCUGAAGUGCGUUUCGAUUCUUGGCAUUGAAGAUUCAUCGGUAUCGAGAGUUGAUGCUCAGAAAACAGUUUUAACAUGGGUUGAAACUGGUUUAAUUUCGGAUUUUACUGAAAUUCGAGUCCGGACAUUGCAAGGCUGCUUGUUCCUGUUACAAGCAAUCAGCUAUGAUGAUUUAAAACCUGUAUUUCUUCUUCUGGAAUCUGGUUCGGGGUUGCGUGAAUACGAAACUUUGUUGUGGACUGUAAAAUUUUUCUUUUUCGACAAACCGUCUUAUUCUUCAAGUCAUUCACGGCUUGCAUUCAUCAAUCUGGUAUGUGAGAAAUUCACUGCAGCUUCUACUCCUCUGUGGUUAAUGGAUUUACUAACUGUAGGUGUUGAAAAGUUGAUCGUUGGAUCCCGAAUAUAUGUGCUUACCUUCAGUCGCAUUGCUGUUCAAGCAAUGGAGAACUACUUCAACGCUCCUCAAAAAUUUUUGUAUGCGUUCCGUAUUUUCAUUGCAUGCUUGUAUAGAGGCUUAGAAGAAGGAAAAGGACAGCAUUUGGGGACUCAGCCAUAUGAUUCAAGAAUUCAUCUCAUGGAACAGCACACCAUGAUAUUCAAGAUAUUGGCGGAGGGAGCUGAAGAAGAUGCGUUGCAAAUGAUGAAAGUAUUGCCUUUUGUAUUAAUCGAUUCGCUUAGCCAAAGUGAACUUAUCAAUAGCAUUUUAAAAGAAUUGAUAUAUCGAUAUUCAGGUUUUCCGCAUCCACGUUCCACUGCAAUCUUUACUAUUAUUCAUCACUGGUUUAUUGCCUUGCGUAGUUGCGAAACUGAAAGCGUUGUACUAGAGUGGACUUUGAAUGGUCUAGAUUCUUUCAAGUAUGUAGCUGACCCUGCACUGUUCCGGUUUUAUGUCAGUGCAUUCUUAUGUUCAUCAUCACCAAACCCUUACAUUGCUAAUCUGUUUUAUUUUGUGAUUGGGCGCACUUCGAAUUCUGCUCUGAUCGAUGAUUGUUUGUUUGAGUUUUCAGUACGGUCACUGUUAUUAAGGAUGAAGAAAGAAGAGAGAGAUAAGUUAAAAUCAUCAUUGGAAACGUUUGUGGCGAACGGAAAAAUAUGUCGAGAUCCAAGAAGAACAGCCUCUUUUCCGGAGUUGUAAUU